UCUCAAGGCAUAUACGCGUAUGGCUUUGAGCGUCCAUCUGCUAUCCAGCAGCGCGCUAUCAUGCCUGUCAUCAAGGGACAUGAUGUCAUUGCCCAGGCCCAGUCCGGCACAGGCAAGACGGCGACGUUCUCGAUCUCCGUUCUGCAGAAGAUCGAUCCCAGCCUCAAGCAGUGCCAGGCUCUGAUCCUGGCUCCCACCCGCGAACUAGCGCAGCAAAUUCAGAAGGUUGUUGUUGCCAUUGGUGAUUUCAUGAACAUUGAGUGCCAUGCCUGCAUUGGCGGCACUAGUGUUCGUGAUGACAUGAAGGCCCUGCAGGACGGGCCCCAGGUCGUUGUGGGCACUCCCGGUCGUGUCCAGGACAUGAUCCAGCGCCGUUUCCUCAAGACAGAUGGGAUGAAGAUGUUCGUCCUGGAUGAGGCUGAUGAGAUGCUCUCGCGUGGUUUCACGGAGCAAAUUUACGAUAUCUUUCAGUUGCUGCCGCAGUCGACCCAAGUCGUGCUGCUUUCCGCGACCAUGCCCCAGGAUGUCCUGGAAGUCACAACAAAAUUCAUGCGUGACCCCGUUCGCAUUCUCGUCAAAAAGGACGAGCUGACGCUUGAGGGCAUCAAGCAGUUUUACAUUGCUGUGGAGAAGGAAGACUGGAAGCUGGAUACGCUUUCGGAUCUUUAUGAAACCGUCACCAUCACGCAAGCGGUUAUCUUUUGCAACACCAGGCGCAAGGUCGACUGGCUCACGGAGAAGCUCACGGCGCGUGACUUCACCGUCUCUGCCAUGCACGGUGACAUGGAUCAGGCUCAGCGUGACCUGAUCAUGAAGGAGUUCCGGUCCGGCUCGUCCCGGGUCCUUAUUGCUACGGAUCUUCUAGCCCGUGGCAUCGAUGUGCAACAGGUGUCGCUUGUCAUCAACUACGACCUCCCCGCUAACCGGGAGAACUACAUCCAUCGGAUUGGUCGUGGCGGUCGGUUCGGCCGCAAGGGCGUUGCGAUUAACUUCGUUACGGCCGAGGAUGUUCGUAUGAUGCGUGAGAUCGAGCAGUUCUACAGCACGCAGAUUGAGGAGAUGCCUAUGAACGUGGCCGACUUGAUCUAAGGGUCUCCUAUUUAGAGCGUCAUAAACUCUUUCUCUCGAUAUACCUCGCACAUUCCUCGCACAUUCCCGCACAUCGGCAUCACCAUCUCGCGGUAAACUGAGGAGGGGCAUCGUGUCGCGGUUUUCUGGUAGAAAGAGACAGGGCUAUUUGGGUGCGGUGAUUUCGCCCGCGGGUUCUUAGCCGUUUUGGCGUCGGGGCGCGGCAUUUGGUGACGUGGUCCACCAACAAAGGC